CUGAUAAAUCACCGUUAGUGAUAAUGCACGCCAUCUCUAGUAUAGAGUCUAUAGAGUAAACAUAUCAAAGUGUAAUAAGUCAUAAUGGUAUCCCCGUACAUGGUUAUCAGUCGACAGAUCUCUACUUCCUCUAUUUCCUAUGGCAAGCGAAAUUUUCGAAAAUUUUACAUGUACAAUAAACGAGGUAACCGUCAGUUUCGAGAGAGGCAAUCCACAGAUCCGAAUUUUCCAAUUCCAAUUGAUCGAAGAGGAGUAAGACUGACAGGAGAACAAAUAGGAGAUGACUGGGUUGACAUACCAGAAAAGAUACCAGAGAUUAUUGUACCUUCGCUUAAGGAUUUUCAUUUAAAACCAUAUGUUUCUUAUAGAGUUGAAGAAAUUACAGUGCGUGAAUUCACAGCUAAAGACUUGUUUAAUUAUAUAUAUGCAGCGAAAAUAGUGGACGACUUUGAGAAAAAUCGAUUGGGACCAGAUGGUACACCAUUAUAUCCCAAUGAAUAUGAGGAAUUGACUCCAGAGGAAGCUAGAAUUAGGGCUGAACAAACUGGCACAGAUAUUUUUGCUCUAAACGAGGAAGGUUUUUAAGUUACACACAAUAUUGUACUUAAUGUGAAUACUAAUUAAGAAAAAAAAAUGGAUUAAAACGAUAA